GUGAGGUGCGGGGCGGUCGCAUGUGCCAAACGCCCAUUCUCCUCGCCGCCGCCACGCCACUUCUGCUGCCACUGGGCCGUCCUGUCAGCCUCCCGCGCCCUUCGCGAGGGCCUCUGCACCAGCAGGAGCCUCGAAACCGAAGGAACGCAAGCUGUUCCGCCGGCGAGCAAGGCGGCCAUUUCACCAAGCAGAAAGUUUUCUCACAAGCGGACAUGGAGGCAAGCAGACAAGGCGAGAGAAGAGGAGGAGGAUGCUGAAACCCUCCCUGUCACUCCAGCACCAGAAGAUCCCCCCGGAGUCAUGAGGCGCCGCCAUGGGACACAUUCUCAUGGUCGUUUCUGCCACCAUGCUCUCCCUCACGCCCAUGACCACGCCCACGAUCACGCCCACGACCAUACCCAGCACCCACACGCCCGCAUCCACAACCAUCUCCACUCCCAGGCUCACAAGCUCGCCCUUUUUCUCAAGCAGCUUCACCACUACGCCCAUCUCGCCCACAAGCACAGUAAGCACAAGCAUGCCCGCGAAGACGCCCGCGAGUCGAAGGCCGCCCAUGACGCCCAGCAGACGGCGAAGGACGCCCCCGGGUCGGCCGACGCCCGCGGGGACAGCCCGGAGGCCGCCAAGCACGCCCGCCGCUGCGGCAGGCACAGGCACAAGCACGCCCGCACUACUGCCUUCGCCGACGGGAAUGCUCACGUUCACAGACCUUGCAGACACUCGCACGCCCGCCCUCAGAGCGAGAAACCCUACUGCGCCCACCACAGGUGCUCCGUCGCUCCCACGCACGCCCACGCUGACAAGGAAAACUCACCCGAACACUACAAGCACUGUCAGACACACGCCCACACGUGCAUGGCCCGCGCCCACUGCGCUCCCCCGCACGCCCUCCCGCCCUGCUGCAGAUGCACGCCCAAAGACCGCCCACACAGACCCUCAGCGCCCGCCGCCCACCGCCCGCACAGCGACCCCAAAGAAUGCCAACGCAGCUCGGACAACGCCCACAGAUGCCCUUUAUCUUCCCGAAAAGCCACCCAAAGCACACCACGCCCGCACGCCCACACACACGCCCAUGCCAGAGCCACGCCCUCGUCGUCAUCAUCGUCAUCGUCUUGCUCGCAUGCCGCCCAUUUCUGCCGCUUCGUCUCCGUCUGCGGCCGCCGCCCGCAAGCGACUACCGCCCACGCCGAGGCCGCCCAUAGAGCCCACGCGAAGGAGGAAGGACACAGCUGCAAGAAUGGGGCCCAGUCGCAGGCAGCACACAGAUAAUAAUCACAAGGAAAUUCCAGCUUCAUCAUCCUCAUCAUUCACCUCAUCACCGACCUUGAUUGACCCGAUUCCAUCAUCAUUAUCAUCACUUUCAUCACAGAAGGCGUGGUUGCCUCCCGCCGUUGAAGUAAACUGGAAAUCUGAGAAAACGGUGGACGUUGUAGGGCAAACUAAACUAAGUUGGCGUGAGGUCCAACGUGAAGAAAAAGAGAACUCUACCAUUCAUGACAAUUUUACGCAUAAAAGUAAAAGUUAUAGAUAUGGUAGCAGAAAUAAUAGCAGCAGUAAGGCCAAAACUAGUGAAUUUACGCUUAGGAGCAUUGAUUAUAAGCUUAAUAUUAGGGAAAAUGAGACACCACUUGACAGUAAUCCAAUGAAAAGGCGUUUCAUCGACGCUAAAACUUUUGCAAGAACUUUUGGAGGCUUCGAUGAAAGUGAUAUUAACAAUAACUUCGAGAAAAGAAAUAUUGAAAAACGAAACGCGCGGGAAAAACAAGAUACUGGAAAAGACGAGGAAGAAAAUUUAGAAAAUCUCACGGAGAAAAAUAUCUUGGUUGGAAGCAAGCAAAAUCAGGCGAGUGACGAAGACACACAAAACCCAGGCAUCGCAACGACCGCCUUGAACGACACGAGAAUAAGCGGCGAAGAAGAACGCGUCGAUAAUGAGAAUGCAGGAGAAGAGAGAAUCACCGAGAAGAAGCACAAGAAAAGGAGGAGGAGGCGGAGAGGGAGAGGAAGGGGCCGGAGGAGAGGACCCAGGAGGAGGAACGACCUGUCCCUCUGGAUUGACAGGCGACAAGUGAAGAUGUUCAGCGGUAAGGAGAAAGGUUACGUCAUGGAGAUCUUCGCUAUCCACGACGGUCAUGUUCUGCCUUAUAUCCUGGACCCGAAUUUCGAAAAGCAUCUGCCUGUCAUUCCGUCGGAGGUCGAGAGCGUCAACUUCACGUGGCAGGCUGGACGUAAACGCUACGAUUAUACCUUUGACCGCCUCUACUCGCAGGAUGAGGAUAUCCUACACGCCCCUGUGGUUUCUAUGGCCACUCACGGAAGGAUCCCUAAGAAGCCAAAGGUCUUCACGAUCAACAUCCAGUGCACGGGGAAUGCAUCCGGAGUGGCCACCUUUGGAAUCGGGCUGCUGAUUCAGUCGAUGAAGGGCAAACCUCUCCCUGGGACGCCGCUGAGACUCCAACUCAGGAAGGAGUGUACCCAGCAUGGUGAGCCUCGACCCGACCCAGAAUGUGACCAGAAAUGCGAGAACGGCGGGGUAUGCGACGUGGACCAGCGCUGCCUCUGCCCAGAAGGGUACAUGGGCCAGUACUGCAACACGGCCCUUUGUUACCCCCAGUGUAUGAACGGGGGGACCUGCACUACACCGGGGCGUUGUUCCUGUCCCCCUGGCUUCCAAGGGCGUCACUGUGAAGGAGGAAUCUGUCGAGACAAGUGCGAGAACGGAGGCAAGUGCGUGCAGAAGGAUACUUGCGAAUGCCCUCGAGGUUACUAUGGAAACAGAUGCGAGUUUAGCAAAUGUGUCAUCCCUUGCAUCAACGGAGGAAGAUGCCGUGACGUGAACAAGUGCCGUUGUCCCCACGGUUUCGCUGGCGACCACUGCGAGAUCGUGAUGGGACAACUGGGCACCGACGCCCUGAACAACAGCCGCUGUUCCAGGAAGUGUAAAUAUGGAACCUGCAAUGGGUCCAUGUGUGAGUGCGAGCUCGGUUACUCUGGCCGCUGGUGCAGAAGGCGAUCGGGCAAGACUGUGAGACGAAGAAUUUGGCUGUGAGAAUAACGUAGGAGUCAUGCUAUAAAUCCGCAUGUUGGCUGUGUCCAUUCACUUGUUAAAAAGUAGAGAAAAUUCAAAUUUCUGAAGGCUACUGUUCAUGUGAAAGGAUAUGUCUAGACUAUAGGCCUACGAUGGUAGGCCUACUUGUAAAUUUUUUUGGUUGUAUUUUUUUUCCUUCGAAUUAUUUGUGAAAAUAGUAACUUACAUGAAUAUUUACAAGAUUUUGAAUAUUUUACUAUUUGUUUUUAUAAUUACAAAUUACACACGGAAACGAUUCACAUGAAUACGUUAAAGAUUAAAAGAGCUGAAAACGGACAGUAUUAUGAAUGUUUUGCCUUUAUUUUUCGUUUUAAUAAAGAAAAAAAAAGGAGCAGCAACAUGCGCGGGAUACAUGGCUUUGAGAUCUCGGUGUACAUGAAAGACGAAGAUUUUAAUUAUCCACAUAUAAUUGCCUUCAUACUUAGAUAAGUAAGAAUAUCAUAGCUGAUCCUUUACAUGCACAUCACCCUAACGAAUAGCUAUACUAACAUCCAUGUUAUAUCUUUGCCAUCAUGUCUAACCGCUGUUUGUGCACGCUUUCUGGCCCCGUGUACGCUAUAUAGUCUUUUUUAUAUAUUUGCUCUUAUGUGCCAUGUAAUUAAGUGAUACGUGUUUGUAGAAGCAUUUUAGCAGUGUGACUUCGAAGUCUGUAUUAGUGUUAAGGAAUAGAGAAUAAAUAUUAAAACUGGUGUGGUUGUAUAACAAAUAGUAUAAACGAACACCGACAUACCUGUGAUGUAGGUUAGUGCCAAAUAAAGUGAUCAUAUACACC